AUGUUGUAAGAUAAAUCUUUAAAAGAGAGACUGAAAUGCAAAAUAGAAUUUGGUGAAGACGAAGAGAAGCCAGAAAUAAUUAGUUUGAGUGUGGUUGAUGAUGCUAUAAAAUUUGAAGAUAGAUAUGAGGCAUUGUAAGUGCUGGGAUAGGGAGCACAUGCAGUAGUAAAAUUGGCAAGGAGAAAAGAAACUAAUGAAUUAUAUGCAGUAAAAGUAACGAGAAUGAAUAAUGAGGAAAUAUAUAAUAAUGUUAAGAGAACAUUUUAUAAUGCUCGUUGUUUGCGACAUCAAAACAUAAUUUAGGAGAUAGAAUUGUUUAUAAAUGAAAAGUAUUGCAGUGCGUGUUUGGUUAUGGAAUAUUGUCCUUAUCCUACUUUGGAAUCAAUAUUAGUAUAGAGGAAAAUUUUAAGAGAAGAAGAAACUAGAUAAGUCAUCAAACAGUUAUUGACUGCAAUCCAACACAUCCAUAAUAAAGGAAUAAGCCACAGAGAUAUAAAGCCGGAUAAUAUUUUGGUCAAUAUUGAGGGCGAUUGUGAAUUAAAAUUGCUUGAUUUCGGUGUUUCAAGAAGGUUUAUAUAAAAAAGUUAGCACCUUGAAAUGCUCACUAAAACAGGCAACAUAUAUUACUGCGCACCUGAAAUUUACCAUUAGCCACAUUACUCUAAAGAAGUAGACGUAUGGAGCGUAGGAGUCAUUAUGUUUUAAUGUAUGACAGGUGAAUUGCCUUUACAUUCGAAUUCUAUUAAUGACUAAAUUGAUUUGUUAAAGAAGCCUGAAUAAUGGAAUUUCAAGAACAGAGUUAAGGAAGAAUCCCUUAGUGCUUAAAAUCUAUUAUCUAGACUUUUGUCAGCUGAUCCAAAAAAAAGAAUUACUCCAAUGGAGGCAUUAGCUCAUCCUUUUAUAGAAAAAAAUCAAAUAUAUACUACUAUUGCAAUGCUUUCGUCAACAAAGAUAAUUGAAGAAGAUGAAGGAUUAGCAAAUAAGUGCAAAUCAUUAUAGACCAGUUUAUCUAUUAAUUAAAAAUAGAAUUUGCAUCGAGCAUUAAAAACUUUGCAUCUUGGAUUAGAAUAUUAAGACAUAGUAAUUGAAGAUUUAAUAUACGAACUUGGUAAUAUUCAUGUAGUCUAAAAGAGGAAUGGAGAAAAUUAUCCAGGUCUAAUAUAAUUAAUCAAUUCUCUUGGUAAUAGUUCUGGUAAUAACUAAAUUGAAGCAAACAAUAGUAAUGGAAAAUGCAAUUUAGGGAUAGGGUCUUCGUAGAGUAUAUUAUCUGCUGAAAAUUAGGUAUAAGAUUGUUUUGGAGAUCUUUGUAAUAUAUAAUCCAGCGUCGAUCUAGGCAAUACAGGAAACUAUAUAUAAAUUGAGGAAAAGAGGAGAAAUCCACUUUAAUAAUUUGUAAACUAGAUUGGUGGGAAGGUAGAAUGCAGUAUAGAUAUCAAUUUAACAGACAGCAUUCAAGAAACUGGUUCAAACAAUAGAUAAAAUUAACUUAUUUCAACUCUUGAUCUUUUGGGAAUGAAAGAAUGUGAUGAAGAAGUAGAAAAUACAAUGUGA